AUGGUUCCACGGUCAUUGGCUCCCGACUCACAAGCUCACAAAUUCCAUCAAUGCGAUCAAUUUCCCCUCUCUGCCUUGCUUAUUAUAGUUAGUCCUCCCAAAACCCCUCAGAGCCCCACUUUAGGCGAAGGAAAGACAGGCUGGAACCGAAACGGAGGCUUGUACGGGAGUUCUUAUUUUAGGCCCAUUCAAAAGUUGUCCAUCAAGGCCAGCAACACCAUUGAAGUUUUUGGAUCCAUUGAGCAACCAAAGCGUGGUCAGAACCACUUUCGUUACACUCUUCCUUCCUUGCUGUGCAAUCUGCUCAACACAGUUGAUAGGUGA